AUGACCGUGCUGUGCUCCCAUCAUCGGAUAGUCGAAAGGGAACCGUCCAAAGUUAAUCCCCGCUGGAAAUCAUGCACCGUUUUCUCCUUACUGCUGAUAGUUUCCUCGUGUUUAGUGGUUAGUUUCAGCCUGCAUGGAUUAAUUGCACACUACAAAAAUCAUUGUUUGCUUAAAGCCAAUUUGCAUUUCAUCGAGAUACCAGCCGAUAAUGGAACCAUUCCCAACGGAACGGACCAAACGGAUGUUCAGUAUGGUAUUGACGAAUAUUGGAGCAACUGGAACAGCGGUACCUAUUGCGACACACUGAAGAAUAUGCCACUCUUUCAGGGCAUUUGUUGUACUAUAUGGCUAGCGAUUUUCCUUGUUCACGGUCCCGGAGGAAUUCUACCACAACCCUGGCGUAUAGUAUUUCCAUCCUUAAUAUUUUUCCUGGGCUGCUUAAUAGUAUCCCUUCUGACGGCAAGCUUCAUCACCCAGGGGCUCACGCAUCUGUGUGCCGAAUUUCAAAAAGUGAACUCAGUCCAUGGCCUUAGCUGCGCCCGGUUAAUCGUUUACUUUUCAUUAGUGCAGGAAAACGCAACCCUGGUGCAGGUGGAUAAGAACUUUUUCUUAACGCUAGUCUUUGCCUGGGUAUGGUUCGGUGCUACUGUUUUAGGUUUCUGCAUAAUACUGCUCCGAAUCUUGCUUAUGCCCGACUUUGAACUGUUCCGUGUGGUAAUUUCGAUGCACGGAGGGCGCAAAGGUUUGUAA